AGCUGGCAGACUCUGAGCUGGUCCUGACGGGCUGGCUGGGCUCCGGGCGGCUGUCUGUGCGCGUCAGACGGCUGUGGGGGAGACUACCAUCAACACUCACACAGCGUGUGCUCGAGUGCUUAGAGGAGAAAAAAAGGAGAAGAGUCACGGGGAAACUGCGAGAAAAGACAGCAAACAGCCCCACCUCGGCAUCUGGAAAAGCACCGAAGAAGAAGGAGACGAUCCUCCCCCUCCACCCCACACCCCGUCGCCAACCCGCCCUAUCUACCCUACCCACCACUUCGUGCCAUCCCUCCGGUCUGAACUGCCCUCCCACCCCGCCUGGAGAACCACGACCACCCAUAGGAAACCCCCACUUGACCAGCGUUGCCAUUAAGCGAUGCGCUUUGAAUUUAGGGAGAAAUCAUCUAACCAGUGGUCUUCAUUUUUCCUCAGCGGGAACAGUUAAGGCUACGGAUUUGGGUGUUUACACUUUUUGACGGGUUUCCAGUAGCAUGGUAACAUGCAGAAUACAUCAUCCCACGGCAACAGACAAGGCUGUCAUACUAUAGAUUAGACUUUAUUUAAACAACCAGCUGUCACGCACGCUGCGUUUGAGCUUAUGUUUCAUUUUUCCAUGCUUAGAAAGAAUCCCGACAAUGGUCUGGAAACGGACCGCCUCUCCAGACACCUAGUAAUAUUUUUUCAAGACGCAUCAGCACUGUAUUUCAUUUUUAUCGAAGAAAAAGCGACACACUGACGAGGAGUCAUUUGACACCUACGCCGCUUGAGCCAUAGGACUUUGUGUGCGAAGUUUGCACCGGGAAGAGGGGGGCCAAGUCGGAGAUAUCUCGGCCAUAUCCGCGGCAUUUUCCCUGUAAGGUGGGAGGUCGGAGGGUUGCGGUUAUGCUGUCCCUGGACGAGCCCCUGGACCUGAAGCUCCCUCGGCGGGCCAAUGGGCGAGACAGAGGGGCGCGCUCACCCCCCCUCUCCCCACUGCACCCCAAGCGAGCGCGCCAGCUCCACAUGGCAGAUGAUGGCACUGCAGUCAUAGAGCCCGCCUCGCCAGCAUCUCCGCACACAGGUGUGCAGGUGGUCCCUCUUGAUCGAACAGAUACUCCCACCCCACCUGCAGUGGACCUGAGCAUGUCUCCCUCCUCCCGCCACACCCCCACCUCUCCAGAAAUGACCAAUGGCAACUACAUCCCCUCAGGGAAUUCUCACAUCUCACAGGCCUUUCAGUUUUUUGUGCCAAUCGGAGCUGGGGCGGGACUUCACCUGCCAUCCUCCAUGUUCAUUGGCCAGACGAGCGACAAGAGAGCCUCUCCUGACCUCUCAGCGGAUGAACAACUGGCCUGCCGCUGGAAGAAGUGCCAUCUGCUCUUUGAUUCCCUGCAAGACCUAGUGGAUCAUGUCAACGACUUCCAUGUCAAACCUGAAAAGGAUUCUGGGUACUGUUGCCACUGGGAGGGCUGUGCUCGCAAAGGGAGGGGUUUCAAUGCCAGGUACAAGAUGCUCAUCCACAUCCGCACUCACACUAACGAGAAGCCCCAUCGCUGUCCCACCUGCAACAAGAGUUUCUCACGCCUGGAGAACCUCAAGAUACACAACCGGUCACACACAGGUGAAAAGCCUUACAUUUGUCCUUAUGAGGGUUGCAACAAGCGCUACUCCAACUCCAGCGACCGCUUCAAACACACUCGCACACACUAUGUGGAUAAGCCCUACUACUGCAAGAUGGUGGGCUGCCUGAAGCGCUACACCGACCCCAGCUCUCUCCGCAAGCACAUCAAGGCCCACGGCCACUUUGUGGCUCAGGAGCAGGGCUCUCCAGGUGGGGUGGGCUCCCUGCUGAGGGGGAGUCAAAGUGGAGGGCUUGCUAGCGAAGUGGGAAAGGAUUCAGAGCUUUCCUAUGUGAGCGCAGCCCACAUUAUCAUCCCGAGCGCAGCGGCUGCUCUCCUGGGAGGCCAUGCUCUGCAGGGCCUUGGUGGUGCCCUGCCCCUGUCCCCCCUCAGUCCUCGGCCCCUGGACCUCAGCACACUGGGUUGCCCCAACUCACCUCCAGGCAGCCUGGGAGGCACACCCAUCCUGUCCUUCAACGGCUCGCCGCUGGGCCUUGCCAAGUCCCCUCUGCUCUCCCCAGCGUUCCCCUCCUCCGCCUUGGGCCUGCCAAUGGUGCCCAUGCUGGGGGCCUCGUCUGAUCGCAGGGCCCAAAGCCAGCAAGCCAAGAAAGGCCGGGAAGAGGAGGCCAAGAACGAGGUGACUGGGGGGGUCCUGAACCUCACCACAGGGUCUCAUGAUCCCCUGUCCUGGGUGGUCAUCCCUCCAGGCACCGUAGUGCUCAAGCCAGCUGUGGUCAACUGAUACACACACACACACACACACACACACACAUAUAUAUACACACACUCACACAUACACAUUCCAGAAGAGCUCAGGGGGUCGGUAUGGGAGGGUGAACGCCAUAGUGAGGGUACAGGCGGUCAAAGGUGAUAGGGAUUUGCUCGCACAAUCAAAUCCAGGCAAUGCAUUUCAGAGAGACAAGGAAAAAAAAACUAUAGAGAAACUCAUCAAACCCUCAAUCAGCAAAACAAUAGAUAACACUACACCUCACAAGAAUUAAAUACAACUCAAGCCUCUUGUAUUAAUGGGAAACUAAACUUGGGGCCCCAGAACUCUGUUCAGGACCAUGAACGGCUCUGUAUUUCUAUCACAAGGCCUGGCAAUGGGCUCCUCUUUGCUCUUUCACUUUAUACUUUAUUCAUUCCUGUAUGCUGGUUCUGUGGACAGGGACCAUGAACGUGACAGUCAGCUCUGUGUUCUUACAAAAGUCUUGAUUCUCUGAUAAGUAUUUAUAUGACUACACUUCAUCUACAUUGUGCCUCCAGCUUAACAGUGAGAUAGAUACACGAUGAAACUGAACGACACGCUGACAGUUAGGCAAACACGGAAUAGGAAGAUUCUACACAGUUGAUUUUAAAGUAUGACCUAUUUUUCACAGGCUGCUGUGAUUAAUAUGAUUCAGACAGGCUUGCCAUACCAAAGCAAGUGAACUCAAACUGUCUUGGAUUUGUCCAGGAAAAAGCUUCAGCUCUGAGACAGUUCAAUUAAAACACAGCACUUAAUCGUGUCAGCUGGUUAUAGUAUUGAAACCUCAAAACUGCUGCUAACCUCUCAGCUCCCCCAGUGUAACAUUAACUGGGUGAGAGCACUUUUGACAAUCUGUCCCCAGUUUGGGGAGGGUGACCAACAAGAAUGUGUGCGUGCAGACUAGGGGCUUUUAGGGCACAGAGCGAACUGCAGACUUGACACAGACAAAUGGUGUUACAUCACCUGGCAAUGACCAAUCAUCACUUCCUCUUUUACACAAGUGAAAUUAAAGGCACUGGUGCGCCUGGCUCCCCCCUCUGGUAAGACACGAUACACAACAUCCCACUUAUUAUUUACAGAACUCGCACUGUUUUACUUACUGGAUUGUCCAGCUGCUUUCUCGUAAUUGAAUCAACACAGCCAGUUUGUGUAUGAAAGGCCCACUGUGGUGAUAAACACUGGUGUCUUGUAUUUUAAAAAGUGACCCGACCCAAAACCAGCUGUGAAAAACAGGCGGUCAUCCAGUCGAAGCCCAACUUAGCCUCAUCGGUUGAAGAUUUGUCCCCAUGCUGUGCCAAAAAUACAUGGAAAGGGGAAAGAGGGAUCCACGUAUUGUGCCACAGAGGGGGGUGUGAUGCACUCAAUGCCACAUACAGCUGGAGCGACUAGGAAGCCACACUAUUGCAAACUGCCUCAUUUUACUCUGUCCAAAGGGGCAAAAAAAAGACUUAUUUGACUUCUGGGAAAACUUUUCUCAUGGUUCGAUUAAGCAGUCAACAUGCACUUACCACACACUAUAUUCCUUAGAUGUUCUAUAUAAUGUUACUGCCAAUUCACAGUUCUUUAAAAACUAGUUUGCUCUUAUUCAAUUUUUCUGCAAGGGUUGAUUUUUCUUUGGGGUCCCUCCUGGCUUCUGUUGCUCAGUGCUAAUGUAUGUUUGAUGUCGGCUGCCGUCUCCACAGAGGAGAGGUAUGGGGCGUAGGAGAGGAUCAUCACAACACAAGGAACAUUCCCUCAAGAGACUGUCACACACUACCUUCCUCUCUCUUUUCCCUCCUCCAUCUCUCCUCUCCUCAUAUGCUUAUGUUGGUGGUCUUACUUUCCCAUCGCCCAAGGACAAACAGUUAUUGCUGUUUUUCAUUGUUGUCUUUUUUUCUUGCUGUUGUUCAGACGAGACAUUUUUUCUGAUGUUGAAGUUGCUUCUUGUGUUCUGCGACGGCUGCUCUGCGCUCAGCUUUCUGCUGUCGAGGAGUCUUUUUAGGGGUUGAGGAGAAGAUGAGAGUGAGAAGUUUGGGUGGACCUCUGGGGCAGUGGUUAAAUCUGAAGGGUCACAAGAUGAUUACAUUGAUAUAAGAAAGAGGAAAAGUUUUAGCGGCGUGGCUCAAUGGAUGGCAUGGAUGGUCAGUCCACCCACAUGGUUCAGAUUGAAAUAUCUCAACAACUAUUGGAUGGAUUGCCAUUAAAAUUUUGUACAGACAUUGAUGGUGCCCUGAGGAUGAAUCCUAACUACUUUGGUGAUCCCCUGUCUUUUCAUAGCACCACCAUGAGGUUGACAUUUGUGGUUUUAAGUGAAAUCGCUCCAUAACUACUGGAUGAAUGAAGGUCGUGGGUUCAAACCCCGGUUGCCCCGGCCUUUCUGUGUGGAGUUUGCAUGUUCUCCCCGUGUCUGCGUGGGUUCUCUCCGGGUGCUCCGGUUUCCUCCCACCGACCAAAGACAUGCGGAC